ACAAAUAUACAAUCUAUGACCAUAAAAACAGAUAACUUUGCAAAUUCUGAGCAAAAAUGGAAGCCAUUCUUACCACCAAAGUUAUUCUCCCUCUUUCAACUUCCUCAUCCUAUCCAAACACACCUUCACUUUCUCUCUCAUCACUCUCAAUUCUCAGCAAAACCACCAGAAAACUGUCUUCUCAAUGCAUAACUAACAAAAACAACCAACAUUGUUCUUCUAGUAGAAUUACUGCAAUGUCUCAAACUGCUCCUGCUUCUGUAGAAUCCGCAACCAUACCUACAGAAAUGAAAGCAUGGGUAUAUGAGGAAUAUGGAGGUGUUGAUGUUCUUAAAGUUGAUUCUAAUGUGAAAGUUCCUCAAGUAAAAGAUGAUCAAGUGUUGAUUAAGGUUGUUGCUGCUGCUAUAAAUCCUGUUGAUGCUAAGAGAAGAUUAGGCAAAUUUAAGGCUUCUGAUUCACCUCUUCCUACUGUCCCAGGCUAUGAUGUUGCUGGUGUGGUAGUUAAAGUUGGUAGUCAAGUGAAAGAAUUGAAGGUAGGGGAUGAAGUUUAUGGCGACAUCAACGAGAAAGCACUCGAAGGUCCCAAGCAAUUUGGGUCAUUGGCAGAAUAUACAGCAGUGGAGGAAAAAUUGUUGGCUCUGAAACCUAAAAAUCUUGACUUCGUACAAGCUGCUGGUCUCCCCUUAGUUAUUGAGACUGCCUAUGAAGGUCUCGAAAGGGCCGGGUUCUCUGCUGGAAAAUCAAUCCUUGUUUUGGGUGGAGCUGGUGGUGUUGGAUCCCUGGUGAUCCAGCUUGCAAAAGAAGUAUUUGGUGCCUCAAAAGUUGCAGCUACUGCUAGCACGGGGAAACUUGAUUUUUUGAAAAGUCUCGGUGUUGAUCUGGCUAUUGACUACACUAAAGAGAAGUUUGAGGACCUGCCAGAAAAGUUUGAUGUUGUAUAUGAUGCAGUUGGUAAUGGUUGAAGGAACGUAAAGGCUGUGAAAGAAGGGGGAAGUGUGGUGGUCUUAACAGGCGCGGUCACACCACCAGGUUUCAGAUUUGUGGUGACAUCCAAUGGAGAAGUACUCAAGAAGCUGAACCCCUAUCUCGACAGUGGGAAGGUGAAGCCGAUAGUUGAUCCUAAAGGCCCCUUCCCAUUUGACAAGGUUGAUGAAGCCUUCAGUUACCUUGAAACUAAUCGCGCUACUGGCAAAGUAGUCAUCCAUCCCAUUCCCUGAGUUCAGUUUACCAUGUUCUAACAGUAUUUAAAGUUAGCUCAUGUGAAUCCCCUUGAUCAAUGAAACAGUGAAUACCAUUGUUACUUAUAAGUUGAAAUAGCUAUAUGAGGAUACAAAUUUUGUUUCUUCA